AUGAAAUGGGAGACCGCCGUCUACUCCGAGUAUGCAGCCUCCGUAUGGACCGUCUUCGGCAUGGAUCUUGUAGCCUUCGGUUCAGACUCGCACAACCUCACGAUCUCGCCCCAGUCCUGGGUGUACUUCGCCAUUUAUGUGGUGCUGGCGAUGCUGAAUUCAAGCUUCUACAAGUGA